UUAAACCACAUUAUUGAAUAGGUUAUUAUAAUGACUCGAUCUCGAAUGAAUCUAGAUUGGAAUAGACUGAUAAGUUAUAUGACCUUUUCGCCUAAAUUAGGAGGCAAAGAAACGUCCCUGGCAACACUACAUUGAGGUCGGUUGUCUUUUCCAUAGCAACUAGAAGACGCACGAGCGUGUGGAUAUUUGUAAGUAGCUGAAUUAAGAGCAAAAGUCACUAGAUGUAAAAUACAAAAACGUGCAGUUUUGUAAGCGUAACCACAAACCUGCAUUUAAAUAUACUACGUGGCUUGCAGCCAUCUUAAGAACGUGUUAUACUUGUUAUAGUCACCACCUUUGGGCAGCUGACUAAAGUCAGCCUUUCUAACUGAAUGGAAGAUCCUAUGGACAGAGGAAAUAUCAUGUGAAUAUUAGAACAGAGGGCAUUACAGAAGAAAGAUGGAUGCCCCCCAUCUGGGUUUGGGAGCAGUGGAGCUGUGCAGAAAGGCAGAUAAAAUCUACACAGCUGGAGAUGUUAAGAGAGCUGCAGCUCUGUAUACACAUGCAUUUGGGUGUAAUGCAGGAUCCACUAUGGCCCAUAUGCGCAGCUUGAACAGGGCCCGUAUAGAACACAUUAUUUCAAGUUUGGAAGCUUGGCUUAAUGGACAAGAAGUGACACAGAAGCCCAUGGAGGGCAUUAGCAAAGGACUGGUUGCAGUAUUCCUGUCGACCUUGUGUCCCAAUAAUGUUUCUGCCUCAGUUUUUAAAAUGGAGUCAGUUCUCCUAGGGGCUACCCAUGGCUCUGAUGAGAUCUUCACCCGAUGUUCAUCUCUUCUGGAGGAAAAAAGGACACCUUGUCCAGAGGGUCCUACACGGGUAAUUGUGGAAUUAACUAGAGCUCUUGCCUGCUUGAUUUCAGAUCCCCAUAACCCCAAAGGCCCUCUGCUGUAUCUGCAGGCUUUUCUUGCAAAUAGAUCGGAGACAGUGAGACUGGUCAAAGGUCGGCAUGCAGAGCAUUUGCCUCGAAUAGUCAAAGCUUUCUUUGAGCAAAUGUCCCCAAAAUUCCCGAUUCUCAAUGCUGAGUGCAAAUUGGAUGACACUCACAAUUAUGAAAAAAAGACUGAGGAUUUCCCCCCCUCUGAGUCAGUUGACUUUUUAGUUGCUAUUUCACCUGAGAACACACUAGUGAGAGAGCUUCAGGGAGCUGUGUUGUUUUCCUUGGGCAUAUUUGAUGAAAGUGCUGAGGCUUUGUCCCUGGCUCUGCAACUGGCUGAAGUCCAGACAGAUAAAAAAGCACACCUGGAACUGGCUGUAAUGGGAGCAACACCAGAGAAGAGAAGUAGUUUACUUGUGGCCAGAGCAGCUGCCUGUUUUUCGGCAAGUGGACGAGUGAGUGAAGCUUGCCAAGACCUCGCUGAAGGUUUCACUGUCCAUCCUGCGACGGCCAGACAUCAGUUCCAGAGGAUAUUCUCUGAAAACGGCAUUGCAGCAGUGGUCCGUUUUGAAUUGCGGCAUCAGGCUGAGAGAGGCCUGUCUAGCUUUAGAGAGACGGUUCUACAGAGAUCUGACCUGCGUUCCUGCACAGGUGUGGAGCUGCUAGACCCUGUCAUUGCCCAGCUUCGAGCUCUGUGCCAUCUGGAGCCUGAUGGCGGCGCACGGGAGUUGCGGGUCCGACUGGCAGACUGUCUGCUCCUGCAUGGAGAGUUCAAAGAAGCAUUGUCCAUCAGCAGCCAGCUUGCUGCAGCCGCCCCUGUGAACUACCAGAACACAGUACAGGUACUGCGUGGCUUUUCCCGUUUCCUUUCUGAGGACCACCAAGGAGCCCUGGAGGAUUUCCAGGCUGUGAUUGAACAUAGUGCUCCUCACCCUCAGAGUUGUGUGCGUGCUCUGUGCGGGAGGGGACUGCUGCGCAUGAUAGCUGGCUCACAUUACCUCACUGCUCUGGACUACAUUACGGCGAGUCGACUCCAGCAUCAGGACACAGCACUGACCAUCAGGUGCCUGGUGCCGUGGAACUACCGUGGCCUGCUGUGCACUGUGUUGCUUGAACAAGGGAGGGCCAUGCUGGAAGAGUUUGCAGGGCAGAGAAAUAUUUCAGGUGCUAAUAUAAUCCAGGAGCAUCCUAUCAACAACCAGCUGCCAGCUGCCAAACAGACGAAGGACCAUCAGUCCAUGAUGACAAUAGAGAGGUACACUAUCAACAAAGAAGGAAUGGCGGUAGGUGUACAUGCACUCGCCCUUCUCUUGAUGGAGUUGCAGCAGGAUGCAGACUUGCCCCAGAUCCUUGUGGCAGAUGCCCUGUACCAGCUGGACCGUGUUGAGGAGGCAUAUCGUAUUCUCCUCUGCAUGGAGCACACAUCUCCUCGCUCACCUGUCCUUGCCCGACUUGCUCUGCUCCAGCUGCACCGGGGCUUCCUGUAUGAUGCCAACCAGUUACUGAAGAAGCUUAUCCAUUGUGGGGACACUAGCUGCUUAAACUCUCUGCUCUCUGUGGCAGCUCUAAAGGACAAGGCACUGCUAGAGAAACACUGUCACAGUGCGUCAAAACGCAUUUUGCAAAGCCAACAAGAGGAAAGUGCCAUCAGGGAGGCUGUGGCCUAUCUUUCUAUUGCCAUUAUGGCUUCCGGUGGCGUGGCAACAGACUCCUUAUUGGAGAGAGCUAGAUGUUACAUUUUACUGGGCCAAAGGAAGACUGCCAUUUUUGACUUCACUGCUAUCGUUAAGGAUCACCGAAAUCACGUGCAAGCUCUGUGUGGAAGAGGGUUUACUUAUCUAAUGUUAAACCAGCAGAAGGAAGCCACACAAGAUAUAUUGGCAGCUCUUCAGGUUGAUGCAGAAGAGGUAACUCGGAGUAUUCUGUCCUUAAAAGACAAGGCACGGAAGCUAAUCUGUGAAUGGCUACAACAGCACUGUCGUGCCAGUCUUUCCACUAUUCUGUCUACCAACCCAAUACCCUGCCAGCAUGAUUGCCUUAAAGAAGCCUUUCGGAUUAGUGGAGUGCUGAUGAAAACUGACUACAGGGAUCCAAGGUGGCACCUCCUACACAUAGAUAGCCUGCUUGCCCGAGGGGACUUGAAGGCAGCUGGUACACACCUCCUUCAGGUCUUUGGUCAGGAGCCUCGUGACGCAGCAGCCCAGGCCAGAUGGGGAGUGGUGGAGAGCUGGAAAAAGAACUACAGAUCAGCAGUGAGGUGCUUGAGUGUGGUGUCUGAGAAAGAUCCCUCAGUGCUAGACUUCCUCCUGACUCUCAUUCAGCCUCAGCAUAAGACACGCCUGGCACAGGCAGCAUCGCAGGAGGCGAGCAGAGUCUCAGAGAGUGGCCAGUGGGAGCGUGCGGUGGCUCUGCUGACUGUGGCUGUGCAAGCGCUAGAUGGUACAAAGCUCCAGCACUUGCGUCAGCGGGCAGCAUGCUGGGCACAGCUGGGUCUCAACAAGCAGGCAGUGUCAGAUCUGGAUAGGGUCAUUCUUUCCCACAGCCAGGACAGCAGUGAGGAGGCCAAGGUUAAGGCGGAGGAUCUGUGCAGACGGGGCCAGAAUCUACUGACAUUCUCUUGGGACGAGGUGGCUCUAAAUGACUUCUCUCAGGCUUUGGAGCUACAUGCAGAGCAGACACUGCUGUGUGUGGAGGCUGGACCAGGAAGGCAUCGCCUGGCUGAACUCUUUCUACGCUUUGCCCUGCAGAACUAUGGAGAGCAGCAGCUGGACAAAGCCUGGCGCCUUACAGAGAGUGGUCUGAGGGUAGACAGCAACCAUGCUGAGCUGCGCCGUCUCAAAGCCAGAAUUAAACGAGAAGUCUCUGGAACAUGUAUCGUACACUAAAAAGAUCGAAAUACACUGGGUUUAUGAUUAGGUAAUAGAAAUGUUCAGGUACAAGUUAUAUGGGUUUCUAAGUUAUGAACAUGUUUCUAUUCUUUUUCUCUAUUGAUCACUUGUUUUUAUACUGUUUCGUGUGAAUAAAUGGCUAAUGAAUGCUAGCAGAUAAUAACAGCUCUAAUCUGUCAUGUGCUCAUUCAUGUUUACAUGAAAAAGUUAUUCCAACAUAAUGUGUUAAUGUAAUUGUAGUUUUCUAUUCAGAAAUAUGGUGAAACAAAAUCAGUUAAUAUAGUUAUA